CAGCAGAGUUUUUCGGCCUCUUGCUGUCGGCAACUAAAGCGGCGCCUUAGUCACUAAAAACGGAAUCGGUUUGUCUACGGCUUGUAUUAGGGGCCCUCCGGCAGCGUGGCGCCGCCCUUCUCCCGGUCUUCUCUCACUUGCGCUGUGCGCGCAUGGCGGGGAUCAGCUCCCCCGAGGACCGGAUGCGCAACCUGGUUGCGCGGGACCCUUCCGCGGCGUUCGUUCCGCCGUCGCUCGCGUCUUCCGCCUCCGCCACCUUGCGCUGCCCGCAAUGCGCCGCGCCAAUAUCCCUCCCUCAACAAACUUCCCGCGCAGCUCCAGCAAGUGUGGGGAGAGCCAGCGCGGAUGGCGCAGCAGCGGGUGCCCCAGGCGAUGGGGGAGCUUCCGCGCGGACAGGGGGAGGCGGAGUGGGGGGAGGCGGAGGGAUAAGCGGAGGGGGGUGGCGCAUGGCGCCUUUCAUGCGGGAUAGCCUUGCCACGCUCGGCACAGCCAUGGGAGGAACCAUCGCGUCUGUCUAUGCAUUCAACGCAGUGAUGCCGCGGUUGGGCAAGCGCAUCCCAGGAUCGAGGGGCCUGCAGUUCCUCGUGGGGGUCCCGCCAGUGGCAGUGGCUGCAGCGGCAGGGGCAGGCGUGGGAGCCGGCAUCCUUCCUUCCCUCGUUCAGCUCUGCAUGUCGGCAUACUAUGUCACAUCCGCCACCACACAUGCUGCUGUUAGUGCGGCAGAGGGCAGGCUUAUUACCAGCGCCGAUGGGGCUGCUGCUGCUGCUGCGACGAGAGAAGAGUCUGAUGUCGCCAAAUGAUUCCUUCACCCCUAGCACUCUCGUUCACUGUCACAAGCGCCCCCGGCACCACUCCCCUUUUAAAGGCUCUCUAGUGCUCGCUUAACUGCUACCGUGACUGUACCGUGGGCAUCCACAUUAAUUGACUGAAGGAACAUCGAGUACUCUUGGUGCCUCUCAAAUCUUGCUGAAGCUGUUGUGCCUUUCACACUAGUUGACUGAAGAACUAUCGUGUACAGUUCCUUUCCAUGCUAAAAGCUGCUGGUGUUUG